AUCCACCAUCAUUUCCUGAUUGGCUCCAUAACACAGACAAAGUUGCUGUUUAACACUGGGAAUAUUUUGUUGUCCAGCUACGGCAAGUCGGAGGAUUUAUGUUCUUUUCUUGAAUGCAACAGUGAUACCCAGGAAAGAGAAGAAGAUGAGCGACCCAACGAUGAAGAUGAUCUGAAGGCAGCUGUCAAAGCGAACCACAGGCUGACCUCCUCCAAGCCACGGAGCAUUGAUGCAGUAAUUCAUGCAGCAGGAGAACCGACUGAGUACUGAGUGCAGAGAAAUAUUGACAAUGUGGACCAGAGCGUCUGUGUUUCUAAUUGGAGCUGUCUACUUGUGGCAGAUUAUUUCAAAAGUGGAAAGCACCGAUAUUGGACAACUACUCCAGAUGUUUGACAGCAACGUUGUCUACACGUCCAUCUAUACAUGUGAAGAAGCAGAUGAUAUUACAUGUACAGAGCCUCCAUAUGGAAUCGGAUUAGUAGGUUACAAAGUGUGGGCACCCUGUGGCGUGGGCAUGGUGGGAAAUAUGACAGCAGUUUGUAUGGAAAAUGGAAAAUAUGAACGAAAAGAGGACAACUGUGUCCUCGCACCCAUUCAGGAGAUGCUCGAUAAAUCUAAGACACUAAAUGACUCAACAUUGCCAAAUUUCUUGGAGGAACUCAGAAACGUGACUGUCAACAACACUGGGAUUGUUUCUGUUUCUCCAGCCACGAUCAAUUCGAUUGUUACGAUCCUUAACAAUGUGGCUAGCAAAUCAACAUUGUUAACUUUGCCGCUAACUAAAAAAUCAACAACGUAUAUCCUGGAAACGGCUGGCGUUCUCACGUCCAUUGAAUCAAAGGGGUCAUGGGACACGCUCAAUAACAAAGACAAAGAAAACCAAAACAACGGCUCCACAAUACAAAGCACCAGCUCUGCCUUGCUGAAUCUUUUUGAGUCAGUAUCCAACAAUCUUGUCAAUGAAUCCUUCACCAUUGAGACAAGUUUCAUUCAACUGAAUAAAGCGAUGUUCGAAAACCAUUUUCGUCAUGAUUUUAACUUCUCAGUGGAAAUAGACAUACCAGCGGAGGCCAGUGGAGGAAGUCAAUUCAUUACCACAAUUGUAUUUGCGUCCAUGGAUAACGUUCUCCCUCCAAGAAAUGAAGACAACUCCUCAUCCAUUGUUAUCAACGGAAAGGUUGUUCUUGCUACGACAGCAGCCAAAAUCAGAAAUAUAUCAAUAACAUCAGGAAUUCUGAAUGACACCCUGGGAAACCCAAAGUGUGUUUUUUGGAAUUUCACACUCUUUGAUGGUCUUGGAGGAUGGAGCGACUCAGGCUGCUCUCUGCUGUCCCACAAUAGUGAAACCAUCAGCUGCAGCUGCAACCACCUCACCUCCUUCUCCAUGCUGAUGUCCCCUGAGAUUAUUGAGGACGAAAACAUGAAUGACAUAACAAUAAUUGGAGUUGGCAUAUCCAUGGCUUCUUUGGUCAUAUGUCUUAUCACAGAAGCUCUCACUUGGAAAAAAAUAAGUACCAACACCACCUCCUUCCUGCGUCACGUUUCCAUCAUCAACAUAGCCGUUUCUCUCCUGAUCGCAGACAUCUGGUUCAUCAUCGGAGCGUACUUUAGAGACGAUAGUAAGAAGGAACACCCUGCGCUGUGUGCAGUUGUGACCUUCUUCAUCCACCUCUUCUACCUCGCCAUGUUCUUCUGGAUGUUGGCCUCAGGCCUGCUGCUGCUCUACCGCACCGUCUUCGUCUUCGAGGGCGGAUUGUCCAAGACGUCCAUGCUGGUUAUUGGAUUUGUUCUGGGAUAUGCUGCUCCGCUGGUCAUCGCCGUAACAACCAUGGCAGUGACUGUCCCGUCACAUAAAUACAUCAGACAAAACCAUGGCUGUUGGUUGAACUGGGAGGACUCCAAAGCUCUGUUGGCCUUUGUGGCUCCUGCACUUGUGAUUGUGGCGAUAAACUUCCUCAUCCUGCUAGUAGUGAUUUAUAAAAUGUUGAGGAGAAGAGAAGUAAGGAAUACAGGCCAAGGCAAAGAGCAGCAUGUUUUGGUGGUGAUUGCCAGGAGUCUGGCUGUGCUCACACCGUUUUUCGGACUGACUUGGAGUUUGGGAAUCGGAACCAUAAUUGCCCCCAAAAACAGGGAGAUAAAUUUUGCUUUUACCCUGUGCAAUUCACUGCAGGGUUGUUUCAUUUGGGUGUUUGGAACACUGCUGGACAAAAAGGUGCGGUCAGAAACUAUAAAAUCACUGACUUCAGCUGAUAAGUCCACCGCUGGUUGAUGAAGUAACUGCCUGAAGAGUUCCUAUAAUGAAGAGGGCAGAACGUUGGUUUUAGCCUGUUAUUCUUUGUCCUACAUUCAUUUUCUUGCAUUUUGUUUAUCAUUGUUGCUAUGGGAAUGUACAGUAAUACCUAAGCCCUACAUAUGAAUAUAAAGCCUUUUCAAUCUCUUUUUUUACAAAGUUCUGUUUUUUAUCUUGAUUGAAAAACCCAAAUGAUGAUUUAUGCAACUAUUGUAACUCGUCACCAGCUCUAAACAACCCCAGCAUCUUCAAAACAACAAGGAAAUUAGGCAAAAAAGUUUUCACGGUUGAGGU